GCUAAGUUGUCUAGGCAUUGAAUUCAGGCUAAAUAGGGAGCUUCCCAUGUACAGUACUGCCAUCUGGAAUAGUUUAUUGGAAAAGCAGAAAAACGUAAACAAUCGAUCGGCAGAAAAAGCGAUUAUCAAACUGUAUUUUUCUGCAGUUUUUGUUAAGUUCUCAGGGUUUUUUUUUCAUCUGAAGUGAUUUGUAGGUCUCGAUAGUUCAUUUUUUGGUGGUAUGUUAAAAAGUUGGUGUCGCCGACGCUUGUUAUUCCGAAUAAGGUAAUCCAGAUGUAUACUGUUAGACUAGAAAAACAAACUGGAUCGUACCUGCGCUGUGUGGUACCGUCAUGCAGAAAAAACGGGAUCUUGGUACGUCUUUUUAUAAACUGCCGGACCGGUUAAAGGACAAUAAACGGUGGCGUGAAUGGGUUAAUCUGUUAAAGUUAAAAUAUGUACCUUUGAGGCAUGAACAAGUGUGCAGUAAUCAUUUUCGAACAACAGAUUUUUUUAUUAUAAAGUCAUUGGUUCGCGAAACUGCUAAAUAUCUUGUAUCGGUUACCCCUGGUGGAUGCCUCAACUAUGUAAGCCAAGGAUAUGUUGGGAGAGCAUCGGACAAAUUCAUUUUCAACGCUAGUGACAUGAUAUCUUUGUUCGACAAGCAUGAUGCUGUGAUGGUUGAUAAAGGCUUUGCUAUCAAAAAGGAGCUCGAACAACGUAAUUUAGAACUAGUGCGUCCUCCGACUUUAAUAAAUGAACAGUUCAAUAUUAGAGAAGCUCGUGACAAUGUGUCAAUUACUGGCGCACGUGUUCACGUAGAACGAGGAAUCCAACGGAUGAAAAAUUUUAAAAUUUUGACUGAAAAGGUUGAUUUAGCAAUUUUACAUUUACUAGAUGAUAUAAUGGUUAUUAUAGCAGGAGUAGUUAAUUUAUCAGCACCCAUUUUGUCAGAUGAUAGAUUUGUUUCUGUUAAAUAAAUAAAACAAUAUGAGUUUUAAAAUUUAUUUUAACGUUUU